AUGUCGCGUAAAGGGGGACGAAACAGGGAACAACAUGGCGGCGCCCAUGGCCGUGCACAUGCUGAGAGCAGUAGGCCCCAGGCUGGACUUAUUUCAGGUAUUUCCCUGGCCGCUGAAGUUGGACGUACAGUCGUAGACGGCCGACACAGACCUGUCACGACUAGCCGUUGUCGUAAAAGCAGCGCUACUGCCGCCGCCUUCCAAGAUGGCGAAACAACACAACAACGUACGGCGAGACACGACGAUCAAGCAGAGGAAAACAAUACUGAAUUUGCCGCUUUUUCUCCUUCGCUGUCGUCAUCUUUGGUGUUGUCCCCAUCAUCGUCUGUCCUUCAGAUUCAACAAUGCCCAGUAAGGAUUACUCCAUCUUGUAGUGCCAUCGCUAACAACAUAAAAAAUAGUAGUAGCAAUACGAUUACUACUAUUGAAAAGAAGCAAGCAAAAAGAAAAGCAGUUCUACUUCCUAGUGUUACGAAGACGACGAAUAACAACAGAAAGGUCGCUAUUUCUCAAGAGUCUCUUAAUUCUGAUAGUAUCUCCCUCAAAACUAUUAAUUCUGUCGGCGGCAACAACAAUACGACAAUGGCCAUUCAUAAUUUGCAAUGCUUAUCUUCGAAUUCGUCUUCAGUUUCUGAUUAUGAAUAUGACGAGGAUGAGGAGGAAGAUGUCGAAGGAGAGGAGGAAGUUGUUGAAGACUUGAAUAGUUACGAGCGAUCAGUUGUGGAAGAGACUUCGGAAUGGUUCAAGUCUCGUUGUCGAAAUCUUGAUUCCGUUGUAGAAUUCGAAUUAGUCGGGCACCAGCAGACUCCCCACGGUGUUGUGGAUGCACUGGACAUAGGCACCGGUAAAACAAGCAAGGAUAUUGUUGUGGACGAUUUAUUUGCUGGGGAACAUUUAGUAGUGUGUCCCGAUCCAGCAGGGGUGAUUCCCCCCUUGGCCGGGACUGACCAUGUGGUAUUGUCAACAACAGAAAAUGAAUCGGUUGUGUUAUACACACCUUCAAGCGAUAGUAAUGACAAUAGUAUCGUUUUAAACGGCGUAGACAGUGCUGUAGGUUCUUCGAUUCCAAAUCCUAAUAGUAUUACAUCUACUAAAACGUGUACUAUUGUCGGUAAUACUGGCUUGAAUUGUCCUAUAUCGUCAUCAUCUUUACCUUCUUGCUCUGUUUCUACAAAUUCUGCUGCUUGUACUAUAAACACCGUUUCUACAGUACCAACAACAAUAACCACUAAUGGUGUUGGUGCUAUACUCGAGAUAGAAGGAAAACAUGCUGACUGUAUGACUUCUAUAUCAGCUUCCGAUACUAUGGGUCAUCCGACUGACGGUCAAGGGACGUUGGGUCUGCAGGUGCCUCUCCUGGAGUUUAAACGAGUUGGAACCGACAAAAGCAACACUUUGAUGACUCCACAGGAAUUGGAAAGCAUGCCCGAUCAGGGAAUUGAGUUUGAGGAAUCAGUUGGCCCCAAACAAGAGAUCACUUCAUCUCUACCCGCUUCUUUAGGCCCUGAAUCCGCGUCUGCGAUUUCAAGCCCACUAAUUCCUACUCCCCCACAGACUGGGUUGUUAGAGACCUCUGUUCAGGUUUCGAGCCCUAAUUUGGUUGCUUCUACUACUACCACCACCACCACUACUACUACCAACAACACCAUUCACUGUUCCCAAAAUUCGGUGAAUUCACUUAAUGUAGAUACGAAACCAGUGUUUGUUGACAGUCCUAUGAUAGCUCUCAAUGAAACCCCUGCCGCUAACACUCCGAGUAAAAACAAUUUAUGUAUUAACAAUAAUAACCCGAUCAAUUCAAGUGCUACUGUUUCAUCUACUGCUAGCAGCAGUACGAUUACCUCAAGUAGUGGCACCAGUGUGGUUGGUACUGUGUUGAAUACAAAUUUAUUCAAUUCUGGCAACUUUACAUUGGCGACUAUUUCUAUUUCUACCGACAGAUCGACUAAUUCCACUCAGAUAUUGGUAAAUACGAAUCAGGGCCAGCAGUUAUAUCACAUAAACACUGCCGACCUCACCAAACCUCGAUCACUUCCCAUCACACAACCUGUGGCCCCGACUUCGAGUCGGGUAACCACGGCAACUACAGCAGCAUCUGCUACCAAUUCCUCACUAACUGUGAGUAAUGGUGCUUCUCCACAAACAGGUUACCUAUUACUGCCAAUGACUUCUGCUGAUAAUACUAAUGACAUUCUUAUAACAAACCCGGUGAAUAAUAGCCUACUUAAACAAGAGCCUGAUCAGCUUCAGUGGCGAAACGAUGUGAAAGAUGAAGGUGGCGAUGAUGCUGAUAGCAAAUCAGAUUCUCCAUCUGAGCCAACGUCUGUGAAGAAGGUGUGGUCAUGUGAGCAGGCUGGCUGUAAGCAGGUAUUUAAGAAACUGUCCAAAUUAAAAAUACACCUGAUGAGGCACACAGGGGAACGACCCUUCCGGUGUGAUAUUGAUGGCUGUGGUAGAAAAUUCACAACUAUCUAUAAUUUAAAUUCCCACAAGAAGCUCCAUGAGCGACCUUGCAAUGAAGUGUGCCCCAAACCGAACUGUGAUCAGCGCUUCCCAACCAAACGUCAAUUAGACCUUCACCUCAAGAAUCACACUGAUGUUGAGAAAACAUACAAGUAA